ACUUGUCCAGUUACCCUAUGCUAUAACUUUUUAAUUGCCAGCAAAAAAAUUGGAAAAGAAAAAAAGUGAUCACUAGAAAAACUGACAAAUUUGCCUUGAUUGUUUUUCUUUUUUCUUGUGAUUCUUGAAGGUUUGAACUUUUGAUUGUUCCUUGGGAAAUGGAGGACGAGGGUAGUGUAAAAGCAGGUAGUAUUGGAAGCAGUUUCAAAGCAGGAAGCAUAAGUUUCAGGAUUGGGAGUUCAUCAAUUUGGAGUAACAGUGGUGCGGAAAUCUUUGCUAACUCUUUCCACCAUCAAGAUGAUGAAGAGGCUCUCAAAUGGGCAGCCAUUCAGAAACUUCCUACUGUUGCACGCUUGAGGACAGGCUUGCUCACUUCACCUGAAGGGUUUGCAAAUGAGAUUGAAGUUCAUAAACUUGGGUUGCAAGAAAGGAAAGGUUUGCUUGAAAGAUUGGUGAAAGUUGCUGAAGGGGACAAUGAGAAGUUCAUGCUCAAGCUUAGGGACAGAAUUGAUAGAGUUGGAAUUGCUAUUCCUACAAUAGAGGUCAGAUUUGAGAACAUGAAUGUUGAAGCAGAAGUUCAUGUUGGAAGUAGAGCUUUGCCCACUUUCACUAACUACAUGGUUAACAAAGUUGAGGGGCUAUUGAACUUGCUUCAUGUACUCCCAAGUAAAAAACAACAUGUAAAUAUUCUCCAUGAAGUUAGUGGAAUCAUAAGGCCUGCCAGAAUGACAUUGCUUUUGGGCCCUCCAAGUUCUGGGAAGACCACACUCCUGUUGGCCUUGGCUGGAAGACUUGAUUCAAAACUAAAGUUCACUGGAAAUGUGACUUGUAAUGGUCACGGGAUGAAUGAGUUUGUACCCCAAAAAACUGCUGCUUAUGUCAGUCAAAAUGAUCUUCAUAUUGGAGAAAUGACUGUAAGAGAGACAUUGGCAUUCUCAGCAAGAGUUCAAGGAGUUGGGCCUCGUUAUGACUUGCUAGCAGAGGUGUCAAGAAGAGAAAAAGAAGCAAAUAUUACACCUGAUCCAGAUAUUGAUGUUUAUAUGAAGGCUGUAGCAACUGAAGGCCAAAAAGCAAAUUUGAUUACCGAUUAUAUUCUGAGGAUUUUGGGACUGGAGGUCUGUGCUGAUACUAUUGUGGGAAAUGCAAUGUUAAGAGGUGUAUCUGGUGGGCAAAGAAAACGUGUUACAACAGGGGAGAUGCUGGUUGGACCAGCUAAGGCUCUAUUCAUGGAUGAAAUAUCUACUGGUUUGGAUAGUUCAACAACUUUUCAAGUUGUAAAUUCACUCAAGCACUUUAUCCACUCUCUCAAAGGAACAGCUGUUGUCUCACUCCUUCAACCAGCACCAGAGACAUACAAUCUCUUUGAUGACAUAAUUCUACUCUCUGAUGGCCAAAUUGUGUACCAGGGUCCCCGUGAACAUGUUCUUGAGUUUUUCGCUUCCAUGGGUUUCAAAUGUCCAGAGAGGAAAGGUGUUGCAGACUUUUUGCAAGAAGUGACAUCAAGGAAAGAUCAAGAGCGAUAUUGGGCUCACAGAGAUCAAACUUACAGAUUUGUCACAACCAAAGAGUUUGUAGAGGCAUUUCAAUCAUUUCAUGUUGGGAGAAACCUUGCUAAUGAACUUGCUACUCAAUUUGACAAGUCUAAAAGCCACCCAGCAGCUUUGGCAACCCAAAAGUAUGGAUUAGGAAAAUGGGAACUGUUGAAAGCUUGUUUGUCAAGAGAAUAUUUACUCAUGAAGCGUAAUUCUUUUGUCCACAUCUUCCAGCUUUGCCAACUUUCUGUAGUGGCCUUUAUUGCCAUGACCGUUUUCUUAAGGACUGAGAUGCACCGAGAUUCAGUGACUAAUGGUGGAAUAUAUGCGGGUGCAUUGUUUUAUGGCCUUCUUGUGAUUUUAUUGGACGGAUUUGCUGACCUUGCCGUGACAGUUUCUAAGCUUCCUGUAUUUUACAAGCAAAGGGAUUUCCUCUUCUUCCCUUCAUGGGUCUAUGCUCUUCCUUCAUGGAUCCUAAAAAUCCCCAUGACUUUUGCACAAGUGGGGAUCUGGGUAUUCCUCACCUACUAUGUUAUUGGUUUUGAUCCAUAUAUUGGAAGAUUCUUCAGGCAAUUCCUUCUUCUGUUAUUUGUUAACCAAAUGGCUUCUGCCUUGUUCCGGUUCAUCGGAGCACUUGGUAGGGAACUAACGGUUGCUUUCACAAUUGGGUCGUUCGUAUUGGCCAUCCUUAUUGCUAUGAGUGGUUUCAUCCUGUCAAAAGACAAUAUGAAAAAAUGGUGGUUAUGGGGCUUCUGGUCGUCACCUAUGAUGUAUGGACAGAAUGCCAUUGUAAAUAAUGAGUUCCUAGGCAAGAGAUGGAGACAUGUUCUACCUAACUCAACUACGCCACUAGGAAUUGAAGUUUUGAAAUCCCGGGGGUUCUUCACUCAGUCAAAGUGGUAUUGGAUUGGUGUUGGGGCACUGAUUGGAUACACUAUAGUGUUCAAUAUUGGUUACAUCCUUGCUCUCACUUACCUGAACCGUGAGUUUUCUUUCUUCACUUUAAAAAUGUUUUCAAUUGUGCAGCAUCAAACUGUCAAAUCAGAGCAAUCUCAAAGCAAUGAGCAAGAUGGUGGAAGUAUAUCUACUAGAAGAAAAGAGGAGGACAGAAGAAGAGGAAUGGUUCUUCCCUUUGAACCACAUUCCAUCACCUUCGAUGAUGUUACAUAUUCAGUUGACAUGCCUCAGGAAAUGAGGAAUCAGGGAGUUCUUGAGGACAGGUUAGAGCUUUUGAAGGGUGUCAGUGGUGCUUUCAGGCCAGGUGUUCUCACAGCACUAAUGGGUUCCACUGGUGCUGGCAAAACGACUCUUAUGGAUGUACUAGCUGGAAGAAAGACUGGAGGAUAUAUUGGUGGGAACAUCACAAUUUCUGGCUAUCCAAAGAAGCAUGAAACCUUUGCAAGAAUUUCUGGAUAUUGUGAACAAAAUGAUAUCCACUCUCCUCAUGUUACAGUAUAUGAAUCCUUGCUCUAUUCAGCAUGGCUUCGAUUAUCAGCAGAAAUCAAUUCUGAAACUAGGAAGAUCUUCAUUGAGGAGGUCAUGGAACUUGUGGAGAUGAAGCCACUAAGGCAUGCAAUAGUUGGAUUGCCAGGUGUUAAUGGUUUGUCAACGGAGCAGCGCAAAAGGUUGACUAUAGCUGUUGAACUAGUGGCAAAUCCUUCUAUAAUAUUCAUGGAUGAGCCAACUUCUGGGCUAGAUGCAAGAGCUGCAGCUAUUGUUAUGAGAGCAGUUAGGAACAUAGUGGACACUGGGAGAACAGUUGUUUGCACCAUCCAUCAACCUAGCAUUGAUAUAUUUGAAUCUUUUGAUGAGCUUUUCCUAAUGAAGCGAGGAGGGCAAGAGAUAUAUGUGGGACCAUUAGGACAUCAUUCUUCUCAUUUAAUUAGUUACUUUGAGGGAAUUCAAGGUGUCCGUACAAUUGAGGAUGGCUAUAACCCAGCAACGUGGAUGUUGGAAGUCACAACUUCAGCAAAAGAAAUAGAAUUAGGGAUUGAUUUUGCUGAGGUGUACAAGAAUUCAGACUUAUACAGGAGAAACAAAGAACUUAUCAAAGAAUUGAGUGUUCCAGCCCCUGGAUCGAAGGACCUUUAUUUUCCUUCUAAGUACUCUAGGUCAUUUUUCACCCAAUGCAUGGCUUGCUUAUGGAAACAACACUGGUCUUAUUGGCGCAAUAAUCAAUACACUGCCCUAAGAUUUCUCUACACAACAGCUGUGGCCUUGUUGUUUGGAAGCAUAUAUUGGAACCUUGGCUCUAAAAUUAAAAAGCAACAAGAUCUUUUCAAUGCCAUGGGCUCCAUGUAUGCUGCUGUUCUCCUUCUUGGUAUUAAGAAUGCAAACUCAGCACAACCAUUGGUGGCUGUUGAAAGAACAGUGUUUUAUAGGGAAAAAGCUGCUGGAACGUAUUCAGCUUUGGCAUAUGCUUUUGCUCAGGUCUUAAUUGAACUACCUUAUGUUCUCUUACAAACUGUGGUGUACAGCAUUAUAGUGUACUCAAUGAUUGGUUUUGAGUGGACUGUCACUAAAUUUUUCUGGUACCUUUUCUUUAUGUACUUAACCUUCCUCUACUUUACCUACUAUGGCAUGAUGUCAGCAGCCAUGACCCCAAACACAUCCAUUGCUGUUAUACUUUCUGCUGGAUUCUAUGAAGUAUGGAAUCUCUUCUCAGGAUUCGUAAUCCCACGGCCAAGGAUGCCUGUGUGGUGGAGAUGGUACUAUUGGGCAGAUCCAGUGGCUUGGACUUUGUAUGGGUUGGUGACAUCACAGUUUGGAGAUAUACAAAAACACGUUGAGUUUAAUGGUAAAAGUACAUCAGUGGAAGACUUUUUGAGAAAUUACUUUGGUUAUAAGCAUGAUUUUCUGGGAGUGGUUGCCGCUGUGCUUAUAGGAUUUUCACUAACUUUUGCAUUCAUCUUUGCCAUGGCUAUAAAGACGUUUAAUUUCCAACGACGUUAAGAAUUAAUGACAUUCAACUUUUUAGUAGGAUAUU